UUGAAAUACGAAUUUACUCAAGGUCAAGGUGGCUUAGUAACCACAGUAAAACCUAUUGUCGAACAUUGGUCUUAUCCUCAGUUCGCAAAGGCAGUCCUUGACAACUACAAUGAGUUCUUCUCCGAAGUCAAAUCCAAAGUGAAGGUUUACUAUGAGAACAUUGACGCACUCAUGACGAACGAAGAAGGGUACAACAAACUCAUUGAAAUGGGCAUGGUCGGUGAAAAGAUGGGUCAAUUCAAAUUGGACAAAAUUUUCACCGAAGUUCAUGUAAUAUCGAAAAGGAAGUACUGGGGUGUUAAAGAAGAUGGUGAAAUAGUUAAACAUUGCAUGAAAUAA